AGGUUUCUCUCUGGUAUACGAAAGUUUUUCAAGAAUUACACCCGUUUUCACCAUCUCCGAUUAACUUAAUCGGCGAUUAAGUAUCAGUCGUGAUUGGUCUAGUCUGCUAAACGAUUCAUGCGAAUUGGCAAUUCCAAUGGAAUAAUCGGCCGAUUAAGUUAAUCGGAGAUGGUGAAAACAGGCGUUAAGGUCCUGCUGUGGCAAAAGCGGGAAAUAUUGGUCAAAGAUCAAAAGAGAGUGAAGAUAUAAACAGUGGACCAGUCAAAUGCACGUGUUGUUUUCGAUAAAAGUUAAUCAUUAAACAAAUAGAAUAUAUUGCAUUGUUAAUUCAAAAAUGAGCGCAGAACUUAAUGAUGUGUUAAAUCAGAAUGAUAAGAAGCAGCUGAUGAAAUUUGUGCAGGAAGCAUCAACUGACGAACUUGUAAAAAUAGUAUCCAAUCGAAUUUCCGAUCCAGAUGGUUUUAAAAUAUUGGAUGAGAUAUUGCAAAUAUGCUCAGAAUCUGAAAAACUAUAUGCAAAGAGAUUGAAGUUAGUGGAAUCUACCUUGAAAACAUUAGCCAAAUCCAAAGUUACCAUCAGUUAUGCAAAUGAUAUUGUAAAUCGAAUAGUUGUAGACUUUCCUAAUUAUCCAAAAGUGCACUUAGUUAAAUUAGUAGAUUUUUCCAUUGCCAAUAUAUGCAACAAUGAUGAUGAAUUUAGGAGCUGGAAAGAUCUACUUCCUGUUUUGUUAGAAGUAUUGGAAGAAGAAAAAUAUAUAAAUCAUAUGAACGGUGAAGUUUCUGGGCCUAAAUAUAAGUCUAUCAUUGUUAACAACAUUUGUAACAGUGAGUGGGACACUGAAAUUAUGCCUUCAUUAGCAAGAAUGUUUAGAGAUAUAUCUUUAGAAAAAGAUGAUCAUGCUACAGUAAUCACAGUAUUCUGUGCAAAACUGCAGAAUAUGCCUCUUGAAGAACUACCUCCAUUUGUACAUCAAUCAUUGAGAUUAUGUUCUAAUCAAGAAAGUAAACUUCUUUUAGAAGCAUUACGCAGAUAUUUUACAAUUCGAUAUUCACAAGCUAAUUCUGACUCUGAUACUUUUGAAACAAUAGAUAUAAUAAAUCCCAAGGAAGUACAAAAUAUUGAAAGUACAAUAUUAUACCACAUAUAUCAAGCUGCCCAGUUGAAUCAUCAACUAAUAAAAGACUACAUUAAAUAUUUUAAAAAUGUUUCUCAGGUUCCUGAAGUUAUUUUGGAACCUUUUAUGCUUUCUGUAUUGCUCACAGUUGCUUCUAUUGAUGAAGAACAGAUUUUUGAAAUGCUCCGAACAGUCAUCAGCAAACAGAACGAAAUUGAUGACAAAAGAAAGAACAGUGCAUGGUUGAGAAAACUAAUCCUUGAGUCUUGUAAUAUAAUGACUAUAAUAGGAAACGUUAUUAAUACGAGUAAUACAGAUCGUCAUUUAGUGCUGAAAGGAUUGGUAGAUCUCGCGUUUGUUCUUAUGGCUGUAGAGAAUAAAUCAAAGACAGGUUUACAUCCUUUGUGGCAGAUAGGUUUGAAAAUACUUCAGAAAAUUAUGAGAAAACAUCAUGAAACGGUUCCAACUAUAUUUCAAACUUUAAUUGAUAAAAUAAUCGCAGGUGGAUCGUGUAUCUCUCAAUAUACUAACUGCUUAACGUACAUGUGUCGUAAAUUAACGAUUCUUGUAUUGGACCAUCAGAAUUCCGUAAUGACUCUUUUCGAACAAAUCUCGUUUAUACCCGGAGAAGGCGCUAUUUUUAUAGUUUCUGCGAUAUUUCCAUUGAUACAAGCUUCUGCCGAUAUAAGAAAUCAUGUGAUAUUAACAUUGAGAAAAGCUCUGUACAGAAAGGGCACGCUCAAUCGACAAGUUGCAGUUAGCGGUAUUUUGGAAAUGUUGAGAAAUCUAAAGAUACAUUCUUUGAGCGGUCUCGCGAUGACCUCGAGUCAGCAACAUUCGUCAUCAACUUGCACGAGUACCACAUCUAUUUUGACUCAGGUAACAUUAGAGAGAGGAAGUCAAGUAACGUCGACUUCGGGAUACAAUAAAUCUUUGUGUUAUGAUAUACUGGGCAUUUUAAAGAGAUGUUUCACACACGAGUGCGAAGUUCGAUUACAUUUAUACAAUGGUUUGUAUGAAGCCGUGUUAAAAAAUGUCGAGAUAGCAGAAUACAUCUUAGACAUGUUGCUACCUCACUUUAAGAUAUAUUUCGAGGCAGACGAGAAUAUCGUCAUACCAGUUAAAUUAGACUUGUGCACAGUUAUGCAAGGAGACGAAAUUGUAGUGCAAGAACCUCUACCGGAGCUAAUAUCUAUUCUGCAAAAGAUUUAUAUCAAGUCGGCUCUUAUGAAAUCGUCCCUUGUAGACGAGUUGGCUGUGAUCUUGGAAAGUCUCUGCAGACGGAUGACGCAACUUGAUGUAGAACAUUUAAAUCUGGAUGACAAACUUGAUGUCAACAAUACUAACAUCAAAACUCAAGAAAAAGUGCAGAACGUUCUAUUAGCAAUCAAAAUUUACGAAGCUCUUAUGUCCUUCAGAAUCGGCGGCUGGUCUGUCAAUUGUUCAGAUACUGCUCAAAGUAUCAAAAGUUUAUUCAAAGGAUAUACAAGAUUGGUUGAAGUUAUCAAGGAUGCUUCAAAGAUUAAAAAGGGAAAAGGCAAAGGUAAAAAAACACAAAACGAUACGAAUAACACGGUUAUAAAGAAAGCUGGCCGACCAAGCAAUAUAAAAUUACCGCCUAGCAUUAUGGAUCUGUCUGCAGUGUGCAAAAGUCUAUCUCUUUUUUAUUUGAAAUCCGUUCCUUGGGCAACUGCAGAUCAAGUAGCCAUGUUGGUAGAAUACCAAGAAUUUUAUCAUUAUAUUUUACGAACACUGCUGCAGAUCUUGCAGAAUGUUAAAGGUUUAACGGAAUACAAUUUACGGAAGCAUAAAGAACAACACAUGAAAAUUUAUUUUGAAAUUGGAAGAUUAUUGUACGAUCACGUUGUAUUGAAUUUAAAGAACGUUCUCGAUACUGACGAGCAAGGCACUAUAUUAGCGUUGGAUUGCUUCAAAGAAUUGUGUUGUCUAAUGUGCACGUAUUUUCCGUCGGAAUUAUCGCAGUUUCUCGAUGCUAUUGUUUCUACUAGAGCAUCUCAAUCGAAAAGUCUUAAUGAACAAUUGGCGAGUGUAACUGCUACUUUAAGAGCGAGUUUUAAAACGUUCUUUAGUGAAAAGGAUGAACACGAAGAAAAUUCUAAAAAAAUACUUAGCGUGUUGUUGGAUAUUAUACGUCAGCUAACGCAAGAAUUCAAUUUUUCCGAAAUGAAUGGAGAUGAAAUAUUUGAUACAAUGAUGAAGUUUACACAAUUGGAAAAUAUGGAUCCACAAGCUUCUUUAACCAUUUUUCAAAUCUUGUUAUGGAUAGAAGAGAGGAACAAAGAAUAUGGAGAGUUGUUAAUUGAUAUCUCUGUCGCGUUGUGCGAUAAACUUGGUAGCAUCGACAAAGCUGACGCGUCGGAAAAUAAUAAAUUCAAAAUUAUCCAUGAAGAUAUAGCAGCGCAGCUUUAUAAUUUGGUAAACACGUGGGUGAAAGAAAAGUUGGACAAUGUAUCUUGGCUGUUAAUGCGUCUUAAAGCUGAACAAAAUAUAGCUUGCCUACCUGGUUCAGAUCUCGAAGAACAUCAAGAAAAAUUGAAAACACAAGAACGCAGUCUGUGCAGACAAUUGUCACACAUUAUACAAAUACUUUGCAUUUUAACCAACAUCGCUAUUAAACCAGGACCAUCCACAGAUUCUAUGUUCAAAAAUUUACAAGUAGUAUACAAUGUACUUAGCACUCUUACAAAAUAUUUUUAUGGAAAAUCGAGUAAACAAAACCCGGCGUUUCAAUCAGUCAAAUUUAUUCAAGUGAUUCAAUCGGCAGGAAAACCAUUAAGAUCUGGAUUUUAUAACUUGAUAACACAUACUGAGGAGAACCAAACUCCGAAGCCAAAAGCUGAUUCGCAUAUACAAAGGAACAAGAUUCUUAAGGAAACCAAGACUAUACCUCUUGUGAUAUAUGAAAUCGAACAAUUUCAUAAGGAAGUGUUAGCACUUGAUAAAAAAACUGGCGUUCCACUUGAAAGAUAUAUAAAACAUAGCAUAACGCGAGAUUUUCGUAUAAAAAAUACAGAAUUGGCUGAAGCACUCGAAAAAAUGGAUAUAAGCAUGUUGGACACACAGAAGUCUCGUCGCAGUAAUGAUGUAUCCAAUUCAGAAAUAGAUGCAAAUACAUCUGUAGAUUCUCCUGUGAAAGAGUCAUCUUCAAAAAAGUCUAAAGUAAGUGAUGUGCUUAUGGAAUCUCCUACAAAAUCAUCGUCGCAACACUCUAAAGUAAGUGAUGUAUUUAUGGACUCUCCUACGAAAUCACCGCCUUCGAAACGAUCUCGAAGAUCUUGAAAACAUGAUAAAAAUAUUUUAUAAAGAUCUAUAUGUAUAAAAAAAAAAAAAAACAUUUAUAGAGAUCUAUAUAAGCCUUAUGUUUGUACGUUAUAAAUUUUUCACAAACUUAGGAUAAAAUUUGUUUUAUUUGUAAUUUUCUUAUUGGUUUUACAUUUGCUGAAAUAUCUUAUAAGAUAGUUUAUAUAAUUGCUAGUAAGGAAUAUAAAAAUUUAACACUUUUGUAUUAAAUAUAAAUAUGUUAUAUUGUGUUAUAUUCUAUUUUUUUUAUAUAUG